AUGCGCUCCUCGCUGCUGGUGGCGUGCUACGGCGCCGACCCGCACUGCUACGAGACGCGCCGCUUCUGCUGGGUGUCGGUGGAGCGCGGCAUGCUGCUGUCCUUCCUGCUGCCCGUCGGCGCCCUCAUCGUGGCCAACACGUGGGCGAGCGUGUGCUCGCUGCGGCAGCUGUCGCCCCCGUCGUCGCCGGCCAAGGGCGGCGCGGGGGCGUACGGGGCCGGCGGCGGGGAGGCGGGCGGGAUGCCGCUGCCGCUGCUGCUGGCGGCGUCCGCCUUGCGGCCGCGCCUCCGCCGCCCCGGCCCGGGCCCGGCGCCGCCGCCGCCGGCCCCGCCGCCCCCGGCCCGAGGAGCGCGCGCCCGCCCCGCACGCGGCGCCGGCCGCCCGACCCUGCUGCCGCUCCUUCGCGUGCACUGGUUUCCUGGCCGUGCUUCGCCCUGGAAACGCCGGCCUCGCUCGCGCUGCCCGCCGCCGACCCAUGCUAACAUCUUACUUUUCCGUUUCACGGGAUAA